AUGAGGUUGCGGGAGAUGCUCAGCGAUGCCCUGUACACGGGGACGCUCCCCGCAGCAGUGGAAAAGGGGCUCACGGUGCUCCUUCCCAAGGAAGCCCAGCCGACCGGAUGGGGGGAGACGCGGCCCAUCACCCUGAGCAGCACAGUGCUCAAAGCAAUUGCCCAAUUGCUGCUGCGCCGCUGCGCGUACACGCUCGCCCCGCACAAUACCCUCCAGUGGGCAUCCCCUCGCAAGCAGGGCACAGAGCUCAUCUUGACGUUGAGGAAGGCGUUUGACUCCGUGGCGCAAACCAGCCUGGCCAGUCUGGUGGAGGAACACGUGGGGCCCACCCACCCAUGGGAGGCGAGACUGUGGCUCAGCUUGCUCCAGGCUAGGGAAGUGACGGUUGCAGUGGGGGGCGAAGAGGUGGGGGUGCCCCAGACGAAUGGAGUCAGACAGGGAUCACCGGAUUCGCCGGUCCUCUCCUCAGCCAGGGUGGGGGAGGCAUUGACCGAGACACUGGCACACACCCAGCAGCAAGAACGCGGGGGUGACAACCCACUCCUUCCCCCCCCACCACACCACGGGGGGAGCUACAUGGAUGACACCUACCUCUGGGGGGAGAACCCGCUGCACCUCCAAGCCACGCUGGACAAACUCCAGCGCACACUACACAAACACGGCCUCCGGAUCAACCCCAAGAAGACUCGCAUCGUCACCAACACCGACCAUCCUUUCAAGUUCCGGAUCGACGGACAACUCGUCACACCCGAAGGGGGGGAGGCGGCCCUCACGGUCCUUGGGUCGCCCGUCAGCUUUGCAGGGGGACCACAGCAUUUGGCAGCAGAGAUGGGAACCAGAGGUCGUAAAGCCUUUGGGAAGAACAAGCACAUCCUCGUCGCCAAAACAGCGUUGAAGCGCAGACUCAACCUGCAUACCACCCUGGUGCGGCAAAGCGCGCUCUGGGGAUGCGAGUCGUGGCCGAUCCAGGACACGCUGCUUCGCGCAGCAAACACACUACAGCUGCAGCAGGUGAGGACCAUGGUAGGGGGAGCACGCUCGCCGGGGGAGGCGUGGACGGAUUGGAACACACGGACACUCCGCAUGGCAAGGGUGCAUCUGCACAAGAACAAACAAGACAGAUGGUCCACACAUGUGCUCCGCAUGAUCUGGGGGGUGUGGGGGCACGUUGCCAGAGCUGAGCAAGCCACGCUCGAUAUGCUGCAGUGGAGGGGGAUGAGGUGGUGGAGGCAACAGCAAGCCAUGCCACAGGGGGUGGGAGCACGCCAUGCCAGCAGGUUCAACAGCAGCCUGGACACCGAGCGCCACAUUGUGACAAUCGCAGGACCCGAAUGGGAGCAGGUGGCAGCAGACCGCAUACAGUGGAACAACCUGGAGGACAGAUUCAUCCAGACCUUCGACCCACCUUGGAGCAGCGGCAAGCAAGGCCAGCUACAGAACUUGGCCCCAACCAGGCGAGGGCGACAGCCAGCACUCCGGAACCGCGCAAGAAGACAGCGGGGGCCACGCCUCCGGGACGGCCGGGCAUAA